AUGAUCGGAGUCGGACAACGAGCCUCGACUGUGAGCCAGAGCUCCGGAACCAAAAAUGGCCCCGGCAGCAGACCGACUAGCAAAGACGGGAAGAAGAACCUGUGGUCCUCGAUGUUAGAUGGAGUUGCGAGUGGGAAAAGGUUACCGGAAAAGACUCUCCUAGUGCUAGGAGGUACCCCAGAAAGCCAACGGGAGUUUUUAGAUACUCUGUCAUCUGAUCCGUCUGAUCCAAGGCUGCCGUCGGAGAAAAAGAAAGGAAAAGCUCCCCCCAUUGCGAACCAAUUCGCGCUUGGAUACACAUAUCGGGAUGUCCUCGAUGCCGACCAAGAAGAUAUCCUCUCCCGAGUAUCGAUCUAUCUCCUCUCCGAACCCUCUCCAGCUUUUGCGCCGCUUCUAAAACCGCUCCUAAACCCGAAGUCUGUCCGGGAGACCUUGAUUGUGAUCCUUCUAGAUUGGGAGUCACCAUGGCUGUGGGUACGGCAAUUAAGAGAGUGGAUUCGUUUGCUAAGAUCGGUGUUGUUCUCUCUUGAUGAUGAUAUCAAAUUGGUCAUGGAAGAAAUCAUGAUGGAGUGGAAAGGACAGAGGAGAGGCACGGACUCCACAUACCCAGCAGGUUCCAGUGCUCCAGUGUCGAUACCUUUGGGACCGGGUGAAUGGGAUGAAGGGCUGGGAAUCCCAAUGUGUGUUGUCUGUCAGGGAGCCGAGAAAAUUGAAAAGCUAGAAAAGGAUCAUGGUUGGCGGGAAGAGGAGUUCGAUUUUAUCCUGCAGUUUAUGCGUACAAUUCUUCUUAAGCACGGAUCGUCUCUGAUAUACACUACACCUUUCCUCGCCAACUCGCUGCAAAGCUUGAUACACUCGUCGCUUGGGAUCCAUUCGCUUCUUAAGAGACAGUCGUUUAAACAUAACGUCAUUGAUAGGGACAAGAUUCUAGUUCCAUCCAACUGGGAUUCAUGGGGUAAGAUUCGCAUAAUUAGAGAAGGUUUUGACAUGGAGGGCGUAGGAACUGCAUGGUCUAUUGAAAUCCAAGAAUCUGCGGGCUCAGGGGACGAACCUGCUGAGAGAGAGCCAAACCCGGAGGACGGCACGAGUGCGGUGGCUAUAUACGAGCAAACAAUCCAAGAUCCCAAACGGGACACCGCCAUCUCGAGGACGAAUCAAUCUGAUGAUCACAAAAUGGAAGUCGACACGGUCGAUUCCCAAACAUUUUUAGGGGAACAGCUUGAGGUACUCGAACAAUUGAAAGCUGAAGAUGAGAAACAGGAGCGCCAGGUGCGAAAAGAAGGAACGCUUAGGGAGAGCCCUGUGAUUGAUGAGACUGGACGAGUCAAUGAGCACAUUGGACCAGUACAGUUUAACAUGGGUGGUAUUCAAGUCGAUGCCGAUGACAUGCUGAGGAGACUAAAGGAACGGGAAGCCAGCCGAGCGUCGAACCGCAGGGAGACUCAGUCCGGGGGGGAAUCACCGCUCGCAGGAUCCGUUGGCUCAUCACCCGUGGCUUCAACCGGGGAACCAAAGAUGCAAAAUCAGGCUUUGGCCAGCUUUUUCGCAGGCCUGGUUAAAAAGCCGGGCGGUAGCCCUCGAUCAAACCAGACAUGA